AGAAGAAACAACAAACAGAGAUAGAUAGGGUGAGAGAGAAAGAUAACGUAAUGUGUUUUUCAUCUUCUCCCAUCCUCACCCAUUUUUCUUAAUUUAUUCACCUUUCCUCUUCCACAAUCCAGAGAAGAAACACAUUCAUUUUCUCAUCUCUAUCCAUCCAUUGGAUUGAAUUUGAGAUAUACAGUGUCUUUCUUUGAUUCGUGUAACAGUUCGCUGUAGAUCGAUCUUUGAUCUUUUAUGUUAUAUAUAUCUCCAUUUUGAGAAUUGAUCAGAUAACAACAAUAUUUUUGGCUCUCAAGUUCUUUUUAGGUUAAAGUUUAGGUUAUGGCAGUAGCAGGCGACGCUCAAUCGUCGGCUGCGGCGGCGAUAAUGUUGACGUCCGGCGCAAGUGGACGUUUGAACGCGCUUUUCUCACCUCGUAUUAUGAAAAGCCUGCUGAUGCUAAUGACCGCGUUUCUUAUGCUCCUUGUCGCUCCUUUCCGAGGUCGAAUCUCGAGAGUCGCUUCAUCGUCAUCCUCGCCGUCGCUGCCGGCGGAGGAGAAAUGUAGGGAUGAGAAGAAGAUAGAGAAAGGCGGGACAAGUGGUUCUGGUCAUGUGAGUCAGAGAAAGAAAGUUCCCGUUGUAGUUAGGGUUCCGGCUAACGUACCUUGGAAGAGCAGUUCCACGGUAUUGGCUGCUGCUGUCGAUCAGGAUGUGGCGACUAGAAGAGCAAUUGCGAUUCAGAGAGUAGUUCGAGAUGGUGAUGAGAAGACAUUUACUGAUUUUUCAUUUCAUGUAACUGUAAAAGGCGAGACAUUGUUUACUCAAUCUUGGUCCCCUGUUUCGAUGGAAAUUAGGGGACUUGUGGUGAUUAUGCAUGGCCUCAAUGAACACAGUGGGAGAUAUAGCAAAUUUGCGAAGCUUCUAAAUGUAAAUGGGUACAAAGUUUAUGGAAUUGAUUGGAUUGGACAUGGUGGGAGUGAUGGUCUCCAUGCUUACAUUCACUCGCUUGAUGAUGUUGUUACGGACACAAAAUCGCUUAUAAACAAAGUUGUUGCUGAUAAUCCAGGACUUCCUUGUUUUUGCUUUGGACACUCUACCGGUGGCGCGAUAAUCCUCAAGACUGUGCUUGAUCCGAAGAUUGAAGCUUGCAUUUCGGGCAUCGUACUUACAUCGCCUGCGAUAGGAUUUCAACCCAUCCACCCAAUCCUCACUAUGGUUGCCCCUGUAUUAUCGAUGUUGUUUCCAAGGUACCAAGUGAGUGCUGCAAACAAAGAAGGAGAAGUUGUGUCAAGGGACCCAAAAGCAUUGGCAGACAAGUAUUCGGAUCCAUUGGUAUACACAGGUUCAAUCAGGGUAAGAACAGCAUUUGAGGUUCUUCGAAUAUCAGCCUCAUUGCAGCAGAAUCUAAGGCGAGUGACAGUUCCUUUUCUAGUACUACAUGGUACUGCUGAUGGUAUUACAGACCCAUUGGCAUCUCAGAAGCUAUUUGAUGAGGCCUCGGCAACUGACAAGUCUAUUCAGUUGCUAGAUGGACUUUUGCAUGAUCUGCUCUUCGAACCCGAAGGUGAAAUGAUUGCAAAUGGAAUCGUUGACUGGCUAAAUGAGCGAGUCGAGAAGAGGAUGCGAUGAGAGUAGGGUUUAUUCAUGCAUUGUGAUUGUAAGUGUAUGUGUGUGUACUGUUAGGGAAAUACUCUUUUGAAUCAUGAUUCAUGAGCUUCCACUAUGUUAUGUCAUUUUCUCUUCU